UGUGCUUCAUCGUUAAGAGUCUCAGUCUCACAGAUUCAGCAAAUAUUCUAUUCAAAAUGAAGUGCAUCGUUGCCGCUGUUGUCAUCGCUUUCGCCGUUGCCGCCGAAGCAAGCUGGGGACCAUGGGGAACCAUUGUGCAGGCUAAUGUACCAUCGUGGCCUGCCGCACAUUGGAAUGGUGCGUGGUCAAACGCUGGUGCUUAUGGUGCCUGGCCAGCUGACGGUCACUGGGAUGGAGCAUGGUCUGCUGGACAUUGGGGAGGAGCUUGGCCAACUGCUACUCACUGGGGUGUACCAGCUGCUUCGAUUGCCCAUCAUGCCGGAGUUGUUCCCGGAGCAGUUUCUGUGAACGCCAACCGUGGUGCUGUUCAUGUUGCUCCACUCCCAGGACAUGCGAUCUCCCAGAAGCAGCUGAACCUUGCCCCAGCUCCAGGAACUCUUUAAGAUGUCAACUGACAAUUGUAGUGGGUUGAACGAAAAUUAAUUGAAGCCAUGUCCGAAG